AUGGAACAGCCUCCACAAAGAGAACGUUUACCUUCUCGGCUUGAUAUCCUUUCCAAUGGUCAUAAGCUUGAUGUGCGUGCCCACCAAAGGACCUACGAAGGAGCUUACACCCGCUCUGCAAUUGGGUGUUUGUCAUUUUCCAUUCUCAUUAUAAAGCUUUUCUCUAAGGAAUUCUUGCCAAUAGGAACUAUAUACACAGUUUAUGGUUCUCUUCUUUACUUCAUUGGAGUCUACAAAGCUUCUUCGGUCGAUACAUACUAUAAUCCUGACAAGGACAUGGUUAUGUUCAAGACCAGUGGAGACUCUGUACUUCUAUUAUCGGUAAUUAGUCUAGUAAGUUAUGUUGCCUUGCUAGUGCUAAUCUUACGGAUGUGA